AUGAGGGGCUUGAUAUUAGCCCUGGUUUUAACCCUGGUGGGGAGCCAGCAUCUUAAUUACCAACCCGAUUUCAGUGAAAACAAGGUUUAUACAUUUGAUUAUGAAACCACGCUUCUCAGUGGACUUCCAGAGAAAGGACUUGCAAGAGCUGGAAUAAGAAUAAAAAGUAAAGUGGAAAUUAGUGGUAUUGGGCCAAAACUUUGUCUUAUUAGGAUUCACUCGAUCGAAGCCGCAGAGUACAACGGUGCCUGGCCCACGAGCUCGUUCUCACGGUCACUGAAACUGACCCAGGCCCUCACUGGGCAGCUCAGUAACCCCGUCAAGUUUGAGUACAGCAAUGGCCACGUCGGGAACAUUAUGGCUCCUGAUUCUGUCUCAGAUGAUGGUCUGAACAUCUACAGAGGGAUAAUGAACGUGCUGGAGCUGAGCAUAAAGAAGACGCAGCAUUCAUACAGUCUACAGGAGGCCGGGAUUGGAGGUAUUUGUAACACAACAUAUGCAAUCCAGGAAAACAAGAGAGCAAACCUAGUCUAUGUGACCAAAUCCAAGGACCUGGACAGCUGUGAAGAGAAAGUUCAAAUUGUCACAGGUUCAGCAUACACUCAUCCAUGCAAGACCUGCCAGCAGAGGAACAAGAAUUCUCGUGCAACUGCUACUUACAAUUACAAAAUUAAAUACACACGUAGUGAAGCUGUAAUUACACAAGCUGAUGUCGAAGAAAUCCACCAGUUUGCACCCUUCAACGAGAUAACAGGAGGAAAUGCUAUUGUAGAAGCAAGGCAGAAACUUGCUUUGACUGAUGUGCAGAAGCAGAGGGCAGAGGUCCCACCAAAAGAGUACCAGAAUCGUGGAUCUCUUCAGUAUCAGUUUGGCAGUGAAUUGCUUCAGCUUCCUGUCCACUUAUUCAAAAUAAAAGAUGUGGAAAGCCAGAUAGAGGAAAGCCUGCAAGAAUUAGUAGAGGCCACCUCUGACCAGCUUCCCAGUGAUGCACCAGCAAAAGCUCUCAAGCUUCUGCACCUCUUCCGUGCAGCAAAUGAGGAGAAUUACGAAUCGGUGUGGAAGCGAUUCUCCAGCCGGCCAGCCUACAGGCGCCACAUUUUGGAUAUAAUUCCUGCAGUGGCCAGUCACCGUGCGCUCCGGUUCCUGCGGCACAAAAUGGAAAGGCAGGAGCUCACCAGCUGGGAAGUGACUCAAACUGUGCUUGUGGCUCUGCACUCCAGCACUCCAACUUGGGAUGUGAUGGAGGAAGCAACGCUCAUAGUAAAGAAGCAUUGCCCGCGCUCGAGCUCCGUGCUUGGGAAGGUUUGCCACCUCAGCUACGCGUCCCUGUGCCACAAGCAGUGCUCCUCGUCAGACUCCUGCUCCGAGUGUCUCCAGCUUCUUCAUGGCUUUGCAGGAGAGGCAUUGAGCAAGUCUAGCACAGAAGAAAUUUCCCUGGCUUUGAAAGCCCUUGGGAAUGUAGGACAUCCAGCCAGCAUCAAGCACAUCAAGAAGUUUUUGCCAGGAUAUGCAGCUGGUGCCUCAGAUUUGCCUCUCAGGGUCCAUGUGACUGCUGUGAUGGCCCUGAAAAACAUAGGCCUAAAAGACCCCAAAAUGGUCCAGUCUAUUACCCUUGAGAUUUUCCUGAACCAAAAAAUUCAUCCUCGAAUCCGAAUGUUGGCUGCAGCGGUUUUACUUGAAACCAAGCCAGGUCUUCCAAUCGUGAUGACAUUAGCUGAUGCUGUGCUGAAGGAGCCUAGCAUGCAAGUGGCAAGUUUCAUCUACUCUCACUUGAGGGCCCUGGGUAGAAGCACAGCUCCAGAUCUUCAAGUGAUAGCUUCUGCCUGCAGAAUGGCUGUCAGAGCACUAAGUCCCAAGUUUGACAAGUCUGGAUACCAGUUCAGCAAGGUUUUCCGCUUCAGCAUCUUUAAAGAGUUCCUUAUGAGCGGUCUGGCAGCUAAAUAUUUGGUAUUGAAUGAUGCAGGUAGCUUAAUUCCAACUGUAGCACUGUCCCAGCUGCGGACACAUUUCCUUGGAAGAGUGGCUGAUCCCUUGGAGGUAGGAAUAACAGCUGAAGGACUGCAGGAGCUGUUUGCCAAAGGUUACACUCCUGACAGGGACUGGGAGACUGACUAUGACUUCAAGAAAAUCCUGAAAAGGCUCUCUGACUGGAAGGCAUUCUCCAGUGACAAACCUUUUGCAUCAGGCUACUUGAAGAUGUUUGGCCAAGAGCUGUUUUUUGGUGGACUUGAUAAAAACGCCAUCCAAAAUGCACUGCAGGCAUGGUAUGGAUCUGAUGAAAAAAUCCCUUCACUAAGGAGAAUAAUCAGUAGCCUUCAAAGUGGUGUAGGGAGGCAGUGGACCAAAGCUCUCCUGUCCUCUGAGAUCCGCCGCAUUGUGCCCACCUGCACUGGCUUCCCGACAGAGACCAGCUUCUAUUACUCUUCUAUCACAAAAGUGGCAGGAAAUGUUCAAGCACAGAUUACACCUUCUCCAAAGUCUGAUUUCAGAUUGACUGAGUUACUAAAUGCCAAUAUUAGGUUGAGAUCCAAAACAAGUCUAAGCAUGGCCAAGGAGAUGACCUUUGUAAUGGGAAUUAACACACACACCGUCCAGGCAGGGCUGGAAGCACGCACCAAAAUGAAUGCUCAUGUACCUGUGAGUGUUGUUGCCACUAUCCAGAUGAAGGAAAAAAGUAUCAAAAUUGAAAUUCCGCCGUGUAAAGAUGAGACUAACGUAAUUACCAUAAGGUCUAAGACAUUUGCUGUUACACGAAAUAUUGGGGAUCUGGCUGCUAGUAAGAUGACUCCAGUUCUUUUACCUGAAGCAGUGCCUGACAUAAUGAAGACGUCCUUCAAUUCAGAUUCUGCAUCAGGCGAGACUGAUAACAUCAGGAGUAGACAGUCUGCAGAGGACGUUUCAUCUGGAAAUCCCUUUUCUUCUGGACGCUCUUCUUCCCAAAAAGAGCCAUUUGUUCAGUCCGUGUGCUUCAAUGCGAGUACGUUUGGAGUUCAAGUGUGCAUUGAGAAGAAAAGCGUACAUGCAGCAUUUAUCAAAAACCUGCCUCUCUAUUACCUGGUUGGAGAGCAUGCCCUGAGAUUGAGCUUCAAGCCAGUUUCCACUGAGGCACCUAUUGAAAAAAUACAAGUCACAGUUCAAGCAGGAGACCAAGCUCCUACAAAAAUGGUACGUCUAGUAACAUUUGAAGAUCCAGACGCACAAGCAUCUUCCAGAAAAGAAGCAAUUAAAAAAGUGAAGAAAAUCCUUGCUGACACUGAUGAUCAGGGGACAAGAAAAUACAGGAGCUCAUCAUCCAGUGCCAGCAGCUCCAGUGGAAGUGCCGAGAGUACAACGAGCAGCCCCUCCAGCAGCGACUCUGAUGACAGAGCAUCACAGGGAGGCGCCCAGAUAAAUCUGAAAACAGGGCAGUCCAAAGCCAAAGGAAAGAAGUUCUACCCAUUUGGGGGCAGUGGCAGUAGCAGCAGCAGUGGUAGCAGCAGCAGUAGCAGCAGCAAAAGCAGUAGUAGUAGCAGCAGUGGCAGUAGUAGUGAUAGCAGUAGCAGCAGCAAGAGCAGCAGUAGCAGUAGUAGCAGUAGUAAGAGCAGUAGCAGUAGUAGCAAGAGCAGUAGUAGCAGUAGCAAAAGCAGUAGUAGUAAGAGCAGCAGCAGCAAGGACAGGAGCAGCAGCAAGGACAGGAGCAGCAGAAGCAAUAGCAGCAGCAAUAGCAGCAAAGCAUCUGGUAUAAAGCAUAAGGCUAAGAAGCAGGCCAAGACCACAUCAUUUCCACUUGCCAGUGCUGCUGAAGGAGAGAGAAGUGUCCGUGAGCAGAAGUCUAAAACACAGAGUAGCAGCAGCAGCAGCAAAAGCACUGGCUCUUCCCGUUGGCGCAGCAAACCUGACCAAGGAGCUGAGACGAACCACUUCAAGUCCCAAGCACACAGGGGCAGUAGUCACAUUUCCACAGAAUGGGAAUAUCACCUUCCAAAAGUAUACAGUCUCCGCUUCAGGUCUGCUCACAUCCAUUGGCAUCCAGAUCAUAAAAGAUCAAGCAGCUCAUCAUCAUCUUCCUCUGAGCUGGGAAGCAGCCACAGAAACAGCAGCAGUAGCAGCAGUAGCAGCAGCAGCAGUAGCAGCAGAAGCAGCCACCACCACCAUGGAGAAAAUUCUGCCCACAACUCCAGGGGGAGCAAAAGAGUCAGCAUUCACCACCACAGCCAUAGCUCCAGCCUGACACGUGAGCGCAACUUCCUGGGAGAUGUAAUUCCACCUGGCAUUACGAUUGUGGCCCAGGCAGUAAGGAGUGACAACAGAAAUCAAGGUUACCAAGCUACAGCAUAUGUUCGUUCUGAUGCUGCCAAAGUUGAUGUGCAACUAGUUGUGGUUCAGCUGGCUGAAACCAAUUGGAAAGCGUGUGCUGAUGCUGUGAUACUGCCUCUGAAAGCACAGGCCAGACUGCGAUGGGGCAAGGAGUGCCAGGAUUACAGGAUAGAAGCAGUGGCUACUACAGGACAACUGGCAAAGAAGCCAGCUGCACAGCUGAAGGUGCAGUGGGGAAAGCUUCCAUCCUGGAUAAAAAAGACAAGCACAGAAUUCAUGCAAUACAUUCCUGGUGCAGCACUCGUGUUGGGCUUCUCAGAAGUACAUCAGAGAAAUCCAUCUCAUGAAUUAAUAGUAAGAGCAGCUGCAACAUCUCCACGAACAAUUGAUACAGUAAUUAAAGCUCCUGAGGUAACACUUUAUUGUCAGGGAUUCCGAUUGCCAUUCACUCUGCCCUCAGGCCCAUCUCCAGCUUACGAGACUCGAGAUAUCACUGCCUGGAAUUUAUUUCCUGAAAUAGCUUCACAAAUAGCACAAGAAGAUCAAUCCACAUGUGAAAUCAGGGAGAGAGAUUUCAAAACAUUUGAUCGCGCGAGCUAUUCAUAUUCUUUCAAUAAAAGCUGCAACCUGGUGGUGGUUCAAGACUGUACUGAACACCCGAAAUUCAUCAUUACUACAAGAAAGGCUGAUCCUCAAUCUUUCUCAAGAGAGGUUCACAUAAAUACAACAACAGCGAACAUCACAAUCUGUCCUGCCUCAAAUUCGUCUCUCCUUGUAGCAUGCAAUGAAGAACAAGUUAUAUCACACAGUGGAGGUUCUGAGUAUGAAAAAGGCAAUGUUAAAAUUUAUAAAAAUGGGAAAACAGUUACUGUGGAAGUUCCAGCACUCGGACUGAAGGAGGUGACUUAUGAUGGUGUAAAUCUUAAGGUUACGGUUGCUUCAUGGAUGAGAGGAAAGACCUGUGGAGUUUGUGGUAAUAAUGACAGAGAAAAGGAAAAUGAGCUCCUCAUGCCAAACCAUAGGCUGGCACACAGCUGUUCUGCGUUUGUUCAUUCAUGGGUAUUGCUGGAAGAAACCUGCUCUGGUGGGUGCAAGCUGCAGCGCAGUUAUGUGAGGCUGAAUCGAAAUCCUACUAUUGAUGGUGAGGAAUCUACGUGCUACUCUGUUGACCCAGUACUGAAAUGUAUGAAAGACUGUACUCCAAUCGAAAAAGCUUCAGUAAAGGUUGGCUUCCACUGCUUCCCAAAAGAAACUGCUGUAAGCCUGUUGGAAUGGCAGAAAAGCAGCGAUAAGAAAUCUGCAUCUGAAGAUGUAGUGGAGUCUGUGGAUGCUGACAUUGAUUGUACCUGCACUGGCAGCUGUAGUUAAGCUAAACGUUUUGGCAUUGUGCUAUAGACAUACUACACAAAUAAUUGAAUAGCUGGACAGAUAAGAAGAGAACAUAAUAGCUGUAGUAAAAUAUUAAGAAAGGUGCUUGAAGAAAGUAAGUCUACUGCAAAGUCAAAUGCAUUAUGUACAGUCUGCACUGCUUAAUAAAUAUGUUCAUUAAAUAAGUAUUCAUGUGGUCUCUCUUUAUUUUUCCCUAUCAACAAAACAAUCAGGCCAACUAUAAUAUUAUACAGAAAUUCUGCUCCCUUUUAUCUGCGAUAUAAUUACAGCAGUCCACUCUUAAAAUUACGUUCACUAGGUGAUGAAAGGAAAACAUGAUUAUGGCUACUGCUAACAUUCCAUUGUGCAAAGAAUUUCAUAUUUAGCAUACUAAAGACACAGUAAGCAUUUGUUUUCUUUUAUGUUUUCUGGUAAAGAGCAACG